GUUGGUCUACAAGUCAUAAAAGGACCAUAGUUCCACACCCAUGAUCUAAUAAUACUUAGACUACAUUUUUUCUCAUCCUGCUGAUUUCAGAAUGUUGCACUUCGGUUUCUGUAACUCUAAGCUAACAUAAUCCUUGGUCAUGUCCAAUAGAAAUUCAGAGUGUGUUUGGUGUGUCUGUGAGAGAAAGAGAUCUCCUGGUUACAAAAAAUUAAUCCAGAUUCCAGUGGUGAAACUCAACAAACUCCUGGCGGAUUUCUAUGCCACAGUGAAGAAAACAGAUGGUUCUGAUUUGCUGGCCACAUCACUUUAUGCCAUCCAUCGGGGAUUAGAUCGGAUCCUGAAGAACGCUGACAUUGGUUUCUCCAUCACAAAUGAAAGCUUCAACUCAUCUACCAAGAAAUGCAAGGAGAAGCUGAGGGUGCUAAGAAAGGCUAGGAUGUCAGGUGCUUGCUCUCGCCACAUUGUCUACUUCUCCCUUUCCGAUGAAGAACAGAUGUGGAGGAUAAGGUGCUUGGGGGAUGGAAGUCCACUAGCUUUACUAUCCACUGUUGUAAAAUAUAACAGCCAGUAG